GUCUUCGUUCCCAAAAAUAUUAAAAGAACGCUAGAAAUAAUAUUUCCAUAACCAAAGCUGUUGAAAAUUUUAUUAUUAAAAAUUAUUGCUCGAAAUCGCAAGAUGUCGGAUAAUUUCAAGUUCAAAGAGAUCUUCGAUAGCAACACACUGCGUGGUCGCGCCAAUGUUGCCAAGGCCACUUGGGCUUCCGUGGGCAUCAUCUAUAUGCUGGUCAAGAUGCGUCGCAAUUCCAAGCGUCGCGAUGUGAAUCUAUAUUGCAAACGGUGUCAGCAAAAGUUGCUACAGUAAACAUUCAUAGAACUCCAUCAAAGAUCCUCUGGCUAUUGAUAUAUGGUACAAACAUGGCAGAUAUUCUAUUAUACUUCCAACUCUUUCCAACCGCUACCAAAUCUUGUGUGUUCCGUUGUGUGUUAAUAAAAGCAUAUAAUCAUUGUCG